UCGAGGUGUUCACGACAGAAUGAAUUACGACUACUUGGUGAAGUUUUUGGCGCUCGGGAACUCCGGCGUUGGCAAAACGAGCUUUCUCUAUCAGUAUACGGACGGCACCUUCAACUCCAGAUUCAUAUCCACUGUUGGGAUUGAUUUCAAGGAGAAGCGAGUGAUAUAUCAAACUGAAAAUGGUAGAAGUCAACGAGUACACUUGCAGCUUUGGGACACAGCUGGUCAAGAAAGGUUCAGAAGUCUAACCACAGCCUUUUACCGAGAUUCUAUGGGUUUCCUACUAAUUUUUGACCUGACCAAUGAAUCGUCGUUUCUCGAAGUUAGAAACUGGCUGGAGCAGCUUCGGACACACGCAUAUUGUGAUGACCCAGACAUAAUUCUCUGUGGCAAUAAAUCUGAUCUUGAGGAUAAACGCGUUGUCAGCGAGCAUAAAGCACGAGAUCUUGCUGAAAGACACGGCUUGGUUUAUCUGGAAACGAGUGCUGCAACUGGGCAAAAUGUUGAGCGCGCCGUGGAAAUUUUACUGGAUCGUGUAAUGCGCAGAAUGGAGGCUACGGUGGACAAGUCGCCGUUACCACAUCAAAAAGUUUUAAGAUGUCACGAGCGCGAUACUCCGCCACCCCGGAGUUCCUGCUAUUGCUGACAGUGUCGGUACAUGUAGUUUUUUAAACUACAUUCUGUCUGCCGAAGUCAAAGGA